CAGUUAUAACCUCCCUUUGAAAAUACCUUUGACCUUGUUUACAUUCUGACAAUUCAUUCCGAAAAUAUCAUCAUUUGAGACAUUGACAUUUGUCAUUUGACAGUUACAAUGAAGUGGUUUGGAGGUUAACGUAUCAAACACCUAGUGAUCUGAUUAAUAUCAAGUCGUUGCUUUAUCUAAAAGGAACAGAUUUUGUAAGACAGAGGAACAAAGAAAAUUAAGGGUGACUGUUGCAGAAUGUUCAGUGUUGGACGCAUUUUCAAAAGUUGUAGUGGCGGAUGUCAGUUGCUGUGGAGCGAUCCUAAUAAACAAGCAGGGGCAUAUGACGCCGUCAACAAAGACGACAGAGGAGAAGAGCUUGAUGAAUUAGACUUAGGGCUGCUGUCAGCUUCUGAUGCUGUGUUGUCACAGCCACAUGGGGGAAGGAGAUCCUCAUGGUCCCUUGACAUGGAAUCGCCCAUCGUCAGAAACCAUGCACCAAUAGUCAAAAAUUCAUCUAAAACCUCAUCACUAGAGAGGAAUCAAUCUUUCUCUGGACAGAAUUCCUCGUCUAUAAUCAAAUCGAGAACACCUCCUAGAGAUGCAUUUACGAUUUCAAACUCUCCUAUCGUCAAAAAUAAAACACCGCCAAAAAAAUCAAUGGAUAAAAGUUCUACUGUCAACAAAACAAUAACUCCUCCUAGAAAUGCCUUUGAAAAGUCGACGCCUUCUGUUGAAGUGACUGGAAAUGACAAAACAGACAAAUUGGUGAGCGCAUCUACUCCAGACUUAAGUUCAAAGUCCACGGAAUAUGGACCAAAAAUUCACUCAUCAAAAUCAUCAAAGAAGGUCAAAAAAUCAAAUUCUGAGCUUGCACUGCAGGUUGUUUCCGUUGUGUAAAUUAAUAAUCAAGACUUUUUUGUAUUGUUUUUAUAGUGUCGGAACUUUAUAAAGAUUUUUAAUGAGAUUAGAAAAGUGCCAAAUUCAGGAAAGGUUUCUAUACUUGCACACUUUGAAAGGUGCUAAGAUUUGACAUGUUAUUAUAACAAGCAUGCACAGGUUUGCAAUUUUGCAUCAGUAUUUUGAUGUUGUCCACGUAACUUACUACUCCUACAUACCAUAACAUGUUUAAGGUUUGUUAACUAAUGUGCCUUUUUGUCAUUCACUUUGGAAUAUUCAAUUCCAAAAUCUGAAAGAUCUCGCUCGUAUAGCUCACAAUCAUUGUUAUACAUUAAUUAUAAAUUACUUAAUCUUUGUAGUAACAACAUUUAUGAAUAUUAUAAACAUAUUUUCAGAUUUAUGCACUAAAACUCAGAUGUUUCAUAAUUAUCCCAAAAAGGAUGUCGUUUGUGGAGCCAUCGAUUGUAUGUCAACACAGUUAAAACAGUUUAAAUCAAUAAUGUUUUUAGUCAUUUUAGCUGUCUCAUGCGCUAAAUAAAGGUUGGUCAAUGGAUUUUAUAGGGACAGAUAAAUCAAGUGCUUUAUGGGAUUUUUAUAUUUGCUAAAAGUAGGUAAGCGGAUAAAUUGCUUCGUUUGUUUAUCUUUUGAAAAGUUCAACGAUUUGUAGCAAGUUGUACUACACAGAUGAUAUAAUUAAGUCCCUCCCUUACUGUAUACAGUUGAGUAUCGAGGCCUUGGCUUUCAAGGUUUUUUGUUGAUUUGCCCAACAUGCAGGUAGAUCACCUAACAUCUACUCGAAAAAAAAAAUUAUAAUUUUUAUUUAUUUAUCUGUAUAAAUGGAUUUACACAAAAAGGUCUUGUUUAGAACGGUUUUACCUUUUUUGGCGGAAAUAUGUUUUUUUUAUUCACAGUAAAAUUUAUGAUAAUUUUAUUUAUUUAUUAGCUACAUUCCCUCUAAAGAUUUUAAAAUAGCUGGAUAUGAUAAUGUAAGGAAGAUAAAGUAAAGAAGUUCGAUCUUGUAAGUAAAAAAACAGAACAGCUUACAGAAGUAACAGGCCAUCUUAUAAGUAAGAAACAGAACAGCUUAAGGAAGUAACAGGCCAUCUUAUAAGUAAGAAACAGAACAGCUUAAGGAAGUAACAGGCCAUCUUAUAAGUAAGAAUCAUGACAGCGACGAUCAUUUGUUAUAAAACGUUCAUUUGAGUAUAACGAUACCAGUAGAUUUUAUUGGUAGCAUUAUAAUUUACAUACAUAGGUAAUUCAGUUUAAUUGAAUAGUGACUGAAUAAAAAAUGUUUACGUCAUUAUAUUUCAUUCCUGAUAAUCAAUCAAUAUACACAGACCAUAAUGAUUUUAAUAUUUUGUAUGAAUAAUGUAAAUAGUUUUAAAUUAAUUUUUGUGUAUCAGUUUAGUAUUCAUUUCCAAUUAAGGUAUUUUAUACAAUUGUAAUGCGUAUAUACCAUACAAGUCUUUCAUGAUUAUAACUAAGAUUCCAUUUUUUUUUACAUGGAGUCUAUGUGAGCAACAUUGUGACGUAUUAAACAGUGCUUAAUAAAAA